UUGAUCCUCCAGUGCCAUGGCGAUGGCCACGAUGGCCACGAUGGCGACGGCUCCAGGAGCCCACCCGGUCCACAUUCCAACGAGCAUCGCGCACAUCGCCCAGGGCCGCGCCAUUGCUGUCCAUGCUCCAGUGGCUCGUGCAAUUCCUGCAGCUCGUGCAGGUGCUUCAGCCGCCAGCACAGCCUUUGGUGCUUUUGGUGCUGCUGUAGCUGGAGCUGGAGCUGUGCUGGCCAGUCAGGCCCGGGCAAAGACCCGCUCGCGUGCUGCUCGGGUUGCAUGUGCUGCUGCUGGCCGAAAGCGGAUUUUGGUCAUGGGCGGCACCCGCUUCAUCGGUUGCUACCUCGUAGCGAAGCUACGGGAGAUGGGCCACAGCGUGGUGGUGUGCAACCGUGGAAGAACCAACGGCGGCAAACCAGAACGAUUGCCCGGAGUGAGCGACGCUGAGUACCAAACGAUGUUGGAGGGCGUCACUGUCCUCAAUGCGGAUCGAAAGCAGCCGGAUCAAUUGAAGAGGGCCAUCGCAGCAGCUGGCAAAUUUGAUGUCGUCUUUGACAACAACGUGAGGAAACUGGAGGAGAUUCAGCCUGUGGUCCAAGGAAUCAAGGCCAAGGGAGGAUGCGAACAGUUCAUUAUGAUGAGCAGUGCAGGUGUCUAUGGACCCACCGACGUAUUGCCUCUCAACGAGAUGACUCCAGGAGACCCCAACUCUCGCCACAAGGAUAAGCUGGCUUGCGAGAAAUACCUGGAGUCAGAGGGGCUGAACUGGACUUCUAUUCGCCCUGUGUACAUUUAUGGACCAUUGAAUUACAAUCCAGUAGAGCGCUACUUCUUCGACCGUGUGACACGGGGUCGGCCGGUCUGCGUGCCAUACGGUGGGAAGUACAUUACGCAACUUGGCCACUGCGAAGACUUGGCGGAUUUCAUGGCCAAAUGCGUCGGCAACGGCGCUGUUCGAGGUCAGGUGUACAACGUAUCAAGUCAGGAGUAUGUGACCUUCGACGGCAUGGCGAAGGUUUGCGCAGAGGCGGCUGGCAUUUCUGAUCCGCAGAUCGUGCACUAUGACCCGAAGAGUGUGGAGGUGCCCGAAGGCUUUCCAAAAGCCUUUCCUUUCCGUGGGAUGCACUUCUUCGCCUCCAUUGAGAAGGCCAAGCGUCACAUUCCAAGCUGGAAGCCCAAGUACAACAUGCUGGAGGGCCUUCGAAGUUCAUAUGAGCAAGAUUAUUUGGCUCGAGGCUUUGACAAGAAAGAUCCCGAUUUCAGAACGGACGACUUGAUCCUACAGAAGGCAGGUGUUCCAGUUGGCUCCUCCAAGUCUGGUGGUUCCAGUGGUUCCAAUGGCGCGGUGAGAUACGGCCAGGGUUUCAGCUAUUCGUAUCCGCGAGAUGCCUAUGCAGAUUUGGAGUAUGGAAAUGAUGUGGGUUACUUACCUGAUGGUACUCCCAUGAACGCUGCUGGCAAUGCCAUGAAUCAUCCUGAGACAAUUCCUCCUGAUCCACACUCACCGGGAUCACCUCUGCCGAGAGCCAAUUUUGUGAAUGACGUGGGCUAUUUGCCCGAUGGAACACCAUUGAACAAGGCGGGCAACGCCAUGAAUCAUCCGGAGAACAUUGCACCAGAUCCCCAUUCACCAGGCUCAGCUCUUCCUGAGUCAGUCUAUGCUGCAAGUGUUGGCUACUUCGUUGAUGGCACACCCGUGGCCAUGGCUGGGAACAACUCCGUUCCGCGAUAGCCCAAUUUUUAGAUGCCCUCAUGGCAGCAUGGAGCAGCAUGGAGCAGCAUGACCUUUAUCGAUUUCUAUAUCCUCUUGGCUUGGCAGAGGUCAAUUCAACAUUGGCCCUGCUCCGUGACAAAUCACUUGUCCACACAGACCAGAAUCGCAGAAAGCGACGCUUAAUUUUCCAUCGACCGACACAAAAACAAGUGCGGAUAUAUGCGGAUAUGCAGGUAGUUCUGGAAGGCGGGUGGUAUCCGUUUUAUUCAUACCAGCUGCAGUGAAGUUACAAAUCGUUGCAUAUGAUUCAGGUGGCAGCUUCCAGCUGCAGGUGAUCCUCUUGUAAUUUGUGUUCCAGCUGC